AUGGAAGACAUUUGGAAGAUGAUGUCAUAUGGAACAAUUCUUAAAGCGUGUCGAAUUUGUUACGAUAGAAAUCAAAAUCCUAUAAAACAGGCCAUUAACUUAAAACCUAUAAAAGCUUUCAUGACGAAAUUUAUGGACUUUGCCUUUCACCCUACAUGGUUUUUCUCACAUAAUAUUAAAGAUUGCGUUCAUGUUUUGUGUUAA